UGUUUAUCAAACUAAGCCAUGAGGCAGCAUGUACCCUAAAUGCAGCAAACAAACUUAUCAAGAAGUUUCAGAAUCAGAGGGUCACACGUUCUAUGUUCUUCUCCAUAGUGCGAAAAGUAAUUUGUGACAAGACUGUUUGAAUCGCUUUCUUCAGGACAUUCCUCACUAACAAGGACAAUGAUUUGCAUGCGUUGCUUGGAUUUGCUAUUUUUUACACAGUUGUAUGGUUUUGCCAUUUCUACUUCUGAAUGUGAGUUUAAUUUCAAAAGGUUGGUAUGCAGCAAACAAAGCAUGACAGAAAUUCCACCAAUUGUACAAUCUAAUACAACUCGGCUGCUGUUUCUCAAAACUUCUGUUUCUACAAUAAGAUCUGGAGCCUUUCAGAGUUAUCCGGCUUCACUGACAGAACUUGUAUUUAACUAUAAUCCAUUAAGUACAAUAGAAACUGGGGCUCUGGAUGCUCUGACUGAACUCACACACCUUGAGAUUACAGGUGGUUCAUUGGAAAGAUUGAACCUUGGAAUUUUUGACAACCUUAUGCAGCUGACAAAUCUUUACCUGUCCGAUAACAUGAUCAAGGACUUAAACAAUGGAUUAUUUGAUAAACUUCUCAAUUUAAGAGAACUGCGGUUGUUUGGUAAUAAAAUCAAUGCCCUUCCUGAUCAGAUAUUUGACAAACUUACACAGCUUGCAAAACUGGAAUUGGGACGAAAUAUGAUAGGCAACUUUUCUCAGGAAAUAUUUAAAAAUCUUUCCAAGCUCAAGAUCCUCAGACUUAACGACAAUCAGAUUACAGAUCUCCCGGAAGGUAUUUUCGAUAAUCUCCCUGAAUUAAAAGAGCUUUCUUUGAAAAAUAACAAAAUACCACAUCUCCCAUCUAGAAUUUUUUCCAAACUCCUUAAAUUAGAGAAAUUGUACUUGGAGAACAACUUCAUCACAGAGCUUCCAUUAGGACUUUUACGUAAUUUGACGAAUAUAACUAAAUUGACACUGGCAUCUAACAUGCUCUCAAGCCUUCCUGCUGAUUUAUUUGGAUUAAUGCAACGUGUCACUGAACUUUCAUUGACUCAAAACAGACUCGCUACUAUUCCUGAUGAUGUGUUCAGUAAACUGCCUAAUCUGAACAGAUUGAUAUUGAGCAAGAACCAGAUUACUCUACUUCCAAAAAAAGCAUUCAAUGGCAUUGAGAAGUUGACUGAUCUUCAACUGCAAGAAAAUAAUCUUAGUGCCUUAGAAAAGGGCAUCUUUAAAAAUUUACCCAAAUUGAGAAAGCUUAACCUUGCUAAAAACCAAUUAUUAAAUAUACUCAAUGAAACAUUUGAUAGUUUGAGAAAUCUAAUUAGCAGUGGACUCAAUCUGCAGCAUAAUUCUUUGGUGUGUGACUGUCAAUUAUUGUAUCUCAGAAAUUGGAUGAAGUCUAACGAAAAGAAAGUGAAAUCUUAUUCGCAGAUGCAGUGUCACGGUCCUGGUAAUCUAACUGGACGGAGUAUUGGAUCUUUAAGAGAGGAACAAUUUAUCUGCUUAACCACAACAGAGAAAAGCACCACUGCAGAUGUUUCAACUUCUACCCUGACCACGUUGACAUCUAAUGCUAUUAGCCUGGUUCCAACUGGGCAGACUACUAUACAACAAAUUUCAACUUUGGGGACUGUCAUAUCAACUGCAUUUACCACAGUUAUCACAGAACUGACAACAGAACAGCUAAGCACCACAGCAGUUUCAACUUCUACGAUGACAACUUGGAUAUCGACUCCCAUUUCCACAAUGACAACAGCGAUAGCAACAGAGCAGAUCAGCACUCCAUUGGCUUCAACUUCAUCCAUGACCACAUCAACAACUAUCACUGGAAUUACAACUGAAUUCACAACAGAACUACCAACUACCACAGAAAUCUCAACUCCUACUGUGACUCCGUUAUUAUCUACUCACUGUACAACAAGGACACCCUCUACUCCAGAAACUUCAACUCCUAUGGGAACUACAUUUUUAUCUACACCCAGUAUUACAACAGCAACAGAACAGACUACUACUCCAGAAAUUUCAACUCCUAUGGGGACUACAUUUUUAUCUACACCCAGUACUACAAUGACAACAGAACAGACCACUACUCCAGAAAUUUCAACUCCUAUGGGGACUACAUUUUUAUCUACACCCAGUACUACAAUGACAACAGAACAGACCACUACUCCAGAAAUUUCAACUCCUAUGGGGACUACAUUUUUAUCUACACCCAGUACUACAAUGACAACAGAACAGACCACUACUCCAGAAAUUUCAACUCCUAUGGGGACUACAUUUUUAUCUACACCCAGUACUACAAUGACAACAGAACAGACCACUACUCCAGAAAUUUCAACUCCUAUGGGGACUACAUUUUUAUCUACACCCAGUACUACAACGACAACAGAACAGACCACUAUUCCAGAAAUUUCAACCUCUGCUAUAGAAAUUAUGAGUACAGCAACAACAGAGAUUUUUACAACUGCCAGCAUAACAUUCAAGCAAUCAUUACCUUUUGUACUUCAUAUACCUUCGUCAUCCACAAUGCCCUGGACCACAUUGCUAGAGGCUAGGAUUACACAGGAAAUGGAAUCACCCACCAAUCCCAAUAUGGAUACAACAUAUUACUCUACGUUAGUUCCACAGGUAGAUACAUCCACCACUUUCACUCCAAUAACUCUUACUACAUACCCUCCAAAAAGAUCAAUGCAGGCAAGAACCACCUCAAAUUCAGUUUCCAGUUUGAGUCCUGCCCAGACAUCUAGUCAGAAAAAUACAAUCCCUUCACCUUUUGCAAGAGAAUCAAUGGUUACCUAUGAAAGAGGAAAUUGCAAGUUAAUAGCACAAUUAUACCUCAUACUACUACUGCUCCAAAUAAUGUUCACAGCCAUUCUUUUAUGGUUUGAAUGCAGCAUUUACAAUUCACUUUUUAAUGGAAAGAGAAAGGAGCUCUCGAUUAUAUUAGUUAGGUUUUUGAGAAGAUAAUAAAUCAUUGAAUAACAAAGCAAAUUAUUUCAUACUUAUCAAAUUUUUUUCUUUACAAAAUGCUUGGAAUUCAAAUUUUGAUUUGACGAUUGACCUAGUGGGUAACAAACACUCUCUUUUAUUUUACUGAAAUAAAACUAUUUUGUAUAAGAGCUCCUAAAUACCAAUGGGUUUCAUUGGAAGCCUUUCUUCAUGUUUUGGAGAAUAAGGUGAAAAGUUCUAUAUUUACAUUCAAUACUUCAUUUCCUAUUCCCAAGACAUAGAAUUGCAAAGAACUAACAGUACAGAAACAGGCUAUUCAGCCAAAUGAAUCUGUGCUGGCAUUUAUGCUCCACAUACUCCCAUUCUAUCUAUCUGAUUUCAGCCUUUCAGCAUAUCUUUCUACUGCCUUUUAUCAUUUAGUUUCAUUUCAGCAGCGCCUCAGUUAUUUGUCUUAAUUGAGUCAGCAUUCCACAUUCUACCCAUUCUCUAUAGGAGAAAUUUCUCCUUUUCUUCCCUUUGGAUUUAUUAGUAACUAUUUUCUAUUUAUGGAUCCUAGUUUUGGAUUCUCCUACAAGUGAAAGCAUUGUCUUCCCAUUGACCCAAUAUAUUUCUGUUCCUAGAUGCUCUGCUACCAGUUAGUUUAAGUAACUAUCACUUAAGAUGCAGUAUGUUUCCUAUCACUGAUUCCUAGGUUUUGUUCUGUUUUCUUUUUUUGUAUAUAGGAACAUUAGCUGUCCACCAGUCCUCUGGCAUACCCCCUUCUCUAUCAAAUUUUUGUGUACAUAAACUGGUGCCUCUGCUAUCUCCUUCUUUGUUCCCUUGAGUAUGAUGCAUAUUAUCUGGAUAUGGGGUUCUAUCCUCUUUUAGUUUUUCCAGUUUGUCAAUUAUUUUCUCCCUUUCUAUCCUAACUGAAUUUAUAUUGUAUUUAUGGUGGUGUUUUUUUCAUUAUCUUCUUUAUUAAAAUUGAGGUAGUUUAGCUGUU